AUGGCACCACCACACUCUCGCGCACCCGUAGCGCCACAGGUGCUCGAACUUCCACUCCAACUCGCCAUCGUCGCCUUCUCCGUCACCCUCCUCGGUCUCACAGCAUGGGACUACUCUCGUUGGCAGAUCUUGAAGGAGAAAUCUCGCAUCAACAAUUUUGUGGAAUUUCAAGACAACGGUAUGCUCAUGGUCGUUUUGGCCGGCAUGAUCAUUUCCGCCAUCGGUUUCGCCUUUGGCAACUUGGCUGCCUUUUUGGCAUGCUUGCAGUUCCCCAAGCGUAGGGGUGAGAGGACUGGCAAGGGUACCUACGGAUACGUCUUGGUCGGCUUGGUCGAGUUGGUUCUCAGUGGUGCCUAUCUGGGUAUCGCCUCGGCGAUCACUGCCUACAGCGUCAACAGGCAUCCUAGCUUUGCCGCGGGUCCCAGCUUCUCGGAACCCUUCACCGACAACCAGAAGGUCUUCUUGCGAUCCAUCUACGAGAUGUUCAGGACCAGUCAGAACGGAAACCCCGCAACUUCGACCACCCAGAGCUUGGGCGCCCUCGGUCCCUGGGCAAACAUCACUACUUUGCAACAGGCAAACGCCUUCUUGGCACAGAACAGGUACCUCAACUACACGCACUACCGCGUCACCGUCGCCAUCGCCUGGGUCACACUCGCAACCACCUUCUUUGUCAUGGCGGUCCACUUCAUCCUGCCUGUCGUGCUGAAGGCUUUGGGCAUGACAAGGCCUCCCAAGGGUCAAGCACCAGCUAGGUCGGCAAGCAGGGCUCCUAUCGGAUACGGGGAGAAGAGGAAUAGAGGCCAAGGUUACAGGAGGGAGGAGUACGAUGAUUACUAG